AUGUGCGAGUGGGAGGAAUUCAUCUUCAACUGUACCGACGCGCACUCCGAGUUACGCAAAAAGGCCAACUGCCACCGGGCCCGGAACCACCCGCGCGGCCGCUGCACAUUUGUGCGGCGGCUUAUGGCCAUCUGGCCUCAGAACCGGCCAUGCGAGAAGUGCACCGAGGCGCGGCGGCGGGCGUGGGAAUGGCACGAGUUCCUCGCCGGGCCGGGGCAGAGCGUGCUCGCCGAUCCGGCAGCGCUGAACGCCGCUUGGCAGGCCUUCGUUCAAGCUGCGAGUCUGAACGAAGAGCAGGCGGCCGCGGUGACGGAGGCUGUCUCGCAGGGCCACUGCCAGGCCAGGGCGACCAACACGUGGCAGCGCUAUGUGCAGGAACAAGGCGGCCUGAUUCAGACUCCGGAGCAGUUCGACCAGGAAUGGCAGCGCUUUUGCCAAGAGCUGGGUCUGAACGAGGCGCAAGCGGCGGCGGUUUGGCGGGAUUGCUAUCCCCACGGUCCGCCUCAGUUCAACUUCGUCCCGCCCGAGGGUCAAGAUCAGGUCAACUACUACGUCCAGGGCCAGGACCAAGGCCAGUAA